CUUGCAGCACGUGUAAGUCUGGAAUCGUCUAUCUCAUGUGUGGCAUCUUCUGCUCCGUGGCAAGGCACGGCCAUGCUUUGCCUUCGCCAGCCAUGAAGACUAGGCUCACAGCGCGAGGCCCGGACGCGUCGAACACCGUGCUCGCUGAAGUCGAAGAAUCCUCCGGCGAAACGAGAACAUAUCUGACACUCUUCUCUACCGUUCUAUCUCUCCGCGGCAAUGUCACCACAGAUCAACCUCUUCGCACAGCCGAGUGUCAAGCUGUACUUUGCUGGAAUGGUGAAGCAUGGAAAAUUCGAGGGCAGCCUCCCCUCGGCAACGACACGGCUGCCGUGCACCAACUGCUUUCCGAAGGACUUGCAGAAGUACGCGACUUUGGUGCAGGGACAGCCGAAGCUAUCAGAGCCAGUCUGCGCGCCAUCGCAAGGUCGCUUGCUCGGGUAGCUGGACCUUACGCCUUCGUAUUCUUUAACGAGAAGUCGUCUAGGCUCUUCUUUGGACGAGAUUUCCUCGGACGUCGUUCUUUGCUCUGGAAAAUAGACCAACGUGGCGAGUUACUUUUGAGUAGCGUUGGCGACUCGUCGAUGCACGGAGCCUGGGCAGAAGUGGAGGCCGAUGGAGUCUACUGCGUUGACCUAGCUCUGCGCUCAGCUUCCCAGCAAGACUUUGCUGGGUGCCAGACUUGGGGCGAUCUGCCUAUUUUCAAGGUACCCUACAAUUUCGCUGAUAGUCUCCAAGAUGACAAUGAUUCUGUCAUUCCCCGGCUGUCUCUUCAGCGAGAGUUAACCGCUCGUUCGUGCACGCUCGACGAGACAUCACCCUCAGUGUCCAUGUUGGAUAAGCUCUUGCGAGACUCUCUGCGUGCUCGUAUACUCGGAAUACCAGAUCCGCCGCUGCGAUCACAAGAGUCAAACUUUGAAAAAGCUAAGUUGGCAAUCCUUUUCUCAGGCGGACUUGACUGCACCGUGCUUGCAAGAAUCUGUCAUGAUAUGCUACCUGAAGAUGCGGUCAUUGAUUUGCUCAACGUCGCUUUCCAGAAUCCGCGUUCUCACAAGGAUGCUGGCGAGGGUGCCUACGAGCUGUGUCCGGAUCGGAUUACAGGACGAGCCUCGUAUGCCGAGCUUGGAAAAGUAUGUUCACCGCGCAAAUGGCGAUUCGUCGCUAUCGACGUCCCGUACUCAGAGUAUCUCGAGCACCGUCAGCAGGUUAUGGAGCUUAUGCAUCCACACAACACCGAAAUGGAUCUCAGCAUCGCUGCUGCACUAUACUUUGCUGCGCGGGGAAGAGGGCGCGAUUGCUCUCAUGGCGCGGAGCAAGCCUACAUGUCACAAGCACGGGUAUUGCUCUCCGGAUUAGGUGCUGACGAGCUUUUCGCUGGGUACACUCGCCACGCCACGGCCUUUAGGAGGCAAGGUUACGAAGGGCUACUCGAUGAGCUGGAUCUCGAUGUGGCCAGGCUCGGUAAACGGAAUCUCGGUCGUGACGAUCGCGUGAUCAGCCACUGGGCCAGGGAGGCGAGAUUUCCAUUCCUCGACGAAGCUUUCGUGGCGUGGGCGUUGCAGUGCUCGUUACUGGACAAGUGUGAUUUCGGAGACUCCAUGAGCAUCGAGGGAGGGCGGCUCAGCUCUUGUGCCUCAAUUGAGCCAGGCAAGAAGGUCCUAAGAUGUCUCGCCUGGAAGUUAGGAAUGGCGGGAGUAGCCAGAGAGAGAAAGCGAGCAAUUCAAUUCGGUGCACGUACAGCAAAGAUGGAGACCGGCAAAACGAAGGGCACCACCAUGAUAACAUGAAACUAUCGCCUAUGAACAGACACGGCGACCAUGGGGACAUCCAUCAAACUGGGUGAUGUUGCCUCAAUGCGAGAUAUCUUGCGGUGCACACGACUACCACGUGCUCCGAGGUCAGCACAGCUUGCAUACUGUUAAUGCGGAUCGUCACAUUCGACAGCCUGAUCGACCAUUGGCAUGACCUCUGCCAUGCCCAGCCGGAUCAGCAGAUUCGUUUUCUCGCCAGCAUUCUACUAUCGAG